AUGUGGCUGCUGGGAUUCGAGCCCAGGUGUUUUGGUGUCCCUCGUGGAGUAGAAAUCAGGCUGUACAGAAAAAGAUGGUUGAAUUCUAGUUGCUGUGCUCUAGGGGUAUCUGAGAUUGGAGCUGGAAACCUGUUUGAUGACAGCUCGUUGAAGGGGGCUGAAAAUGGAUCCUUGUUGGGUGCACUUGAUGAGUCAGCUUCAGCACCAUUUGGAACAGUGGAUGCUGAAAUUACCCCUGAAACCAUUGAUUUCUUCGUUAGUGAUGCUGAGGGCGAUCCUGACUGCCCUUCUAAGGGAUUCGCUUCCAUUGAGCAGGCAUUAAAUACAUUACACCAAGGAAAGUUUGUGAUUGUUGUAGAUGAUGAAAAUGAGGAUGUCGAAGGAAACCUCAUCAUGGCAGCUUCUCAUGCAACUCCAGAGCAGAUCGGCUUUAUGGUUAAGCAUGGUUCAGGCAUUGUUUCUGUAGGAAUGAAAGAGGAGGAUCUUGAAAGGCUGAAGCUUCCUCUCAUGUCACCAGAAAGUGAAGAUGAAGAUUCUUCUGCCCCAACUUUCACAGUCACAGUGGAUGCAAAAACCAGUACAUCAACAGGAGUGUCGGCUUCAGACAGGGCAAAGACUGUUCUUGCUCUGUCUUCUCCAGAGUCAAAGCCUGAUGACUUCAGAAGGCCAGGUCAUAUAUUUCCCCUCAAGUACAGGAAUGGUGGGAUUUUAAGGAGAGCUGGUCAUACUGAGGCUUCUGUGGACCUGAUCAUGCUCACUGGUUUGCGGCCGGUUUCUGUUCUUUCAACAGUUGUUGAUCCAGAGGAUGGUUCUAUAGCAUCUCUGCCCUUUCUACAAAAGUUGGCUUUGGAGCAUAGCAUACCACUUGUCUCAAUAACUGAUCUGAUCAGGUACCGGAGAAAGAGGGAAAAGUUGGUUGAAAGAACUGCCAUUUCACGUCUGCCUACGAAGUGGGGUCUAUUUCAGGCUUACUGCUAUCGAUCAAAGUUAGACGGAACAGAACAUAUAGCAGUUGUUAAGGGAGACAUAGGGAAUGGACAAGAUGUUCUUGUAAGAGUUCAUUCAGAAUGUUUAACAGGCGAUAUUUUUGGAUCAGCAAGAUGUGAUUGUGGCAACCAGUUGGAUUUGGCAAUGCAGAUAAUCGAGCAAGCUGGUAGAGGAGUUGUGGUUUACCUUCGAGGUCACGAAGGGAGAGGGAUUGGCCUUGGUCACAAACUCCGGGCCUAUAAUUUGCAAGAUCAGGGCCAUGACACAGUUCAAGCCAACAUUGAACUUGGUUUAGCUGUGGAUGCUCGUGAAUAUGGUAUUGGUGCCCAGAUUCUGAGAGACGUAGGCAUUCAGACCAUGCGCCUGAUGACUAACAACCCAGCCAAGUUCACUGGUCUCAAGGGUUAUGGCUUGGCUGUUAUUGGAAGAGUGCCGGUCUUGACACCCAUUACAGAGGAAAACAAGAGGUACUUGGAAACAAAGCGUACCAAGAUGGGUCAUAUUUAUGGUUCUGAUCUGCAAGGACCAUUGGCUGAAUUCACCAAACCAACUGUAAAUAAGAAAGAAUCGUCUGAGAUGGAGUAUAAGCCAGAAUGAUACACUUGUUUCAACUUGGCUCUGCUCCAGAAGCAGAAAGAAUUCACUUGGAACACAUGAUAUAGAAAGAAAAAUUUUCAAACCCAACACAUAAGGAGUUAUUGUUUUUGUUCUACAUAAAA